AUGCUUACACGCCACAAAUUAACUACCCAAGAAGCUUCGGCAUGUUUCAGUAUUUUGAGCCAGCGGUUGCCUAUUGACAAUUACCUUUCCAAACCGAGCACGCGCUUGGAUGCCCAUCUGCGGCAGGCGCAUUCCGACAUCAAAGUCCCAGAUUUCUGCCGGUACCGGCGCAAGCAGGUGCGGGACCCGGCGUCGUGUAGCAAAGAAUCGGAGGCGUCCCGGAAGGCGAUGACGUACGGCAUGGCGGUGGGGUGCGGCAUGGUGUCGAUGUACUGCGCCAAGACGGUGGUGCACGAGCUGGUGAGCAGCAUGGGGCCGUCGGCGGACGUGCUGGCGCUGUCCAAGGUAGAGAUCAACAUCGGCGAGGAGUUCCCCGAGGGCAAGUGCGUCACCAUGAAGUGGCGCGGGAAGCCGCUGUUCGUACGCCACCGCACCGCAGAGGAGAUCGACCGCGAACAGAAGGUGGACAUCACGAAGCUGCGCGACCCGCAGCACGACAGCGAGAGAGUCAAGCGGCCCGAGUGGCUGGUGCUGAUCGGCGUCUGCACCCACCUGGGCUGCGUGCCCAUCGCCAAUCAAGGUGAUUUUGGAGGCUAUUACUGCCCUUGCCAUGGGUCGCACUUCGAUUGUUCGGGACGCGUUAGGAAAGGACCCGCUCCUCGAAAUUUGGAAGUGCCCUACUACGAGUUUCCUGAAGAUGACCUUCUGGUAGUAGGAUAAUCUUAUUGACUUUUUCAUCGAACUAGUAGAAUUCUUUUGCUUUGUACAAGCAACAAAUGUUUCAAAAUAUUUUCUGUGUUAGUAUGUUCUGAAAGAAACAUUUAAUUGAAUUAUAAUUUCUGAAUGAUGUAAGCUGAAAAAUAAAUGUG